UCUUUUCUAGUAGUAUUAUUUUUGUGUUAUAAAAAAAAUCUACUUUGGCAUUGUUUUCUUCAAGGAGAGGAGAGAUCAUUGUUCAUGCCUAUCCAGUUAAGGAAUAACUAACACCCCUUUAAAUUUCAAGAUAUUUGCUUCAUAUAAGAAGAAGAGUUUUCUCUCUUCUCAGAUUCUUGAAAUUUCACACUGUUUAAUGCCACAUGUUGGUUUGAGUCUACACAAUAGGAAUCUGUUUUUUUGCUGUCUGAAACAAUGAAGAAAAUACAUCACAACUAUGGCUAUCCUAGUGAGUUUGUCUCACAAUUUCCUGACUGUUGCCCUCAAAAUAAUCUCCACUCUCAAAUGGGGCUCCCAAACCAACCCACACACCACAACCCAUGGCACGAAAACUCAUCUGGCACGAUCAUAGGCCGGAUCGGAUCACCGGCUGCUGCUUUCUGUGCAACUGAGAUUGCUAUGGGCUUAUCUCAGUAUGAUCUCCCAGAGAGCUGCUCCCAGCAAUCUAAGAACCCCGCAAACGGCCUUUUUCAAGAAUCACCGGCUAGAAACGACGCAGACUACCAUAUGAUCAGAAGUGGUGGAUUUUAUAGAAAUCACCUGCUCAACGCUAUAUCUGAGAGGGAACAGAUACUUCACCUCAAAAACAAGCUACUUGGUGAUCUCGAUGAUUCAAACAGGCGAAGCCCUCCCGCUCCAUUCGACUCAAAUCAUGAUCUACAAGUAUCACAUAAUAAUCUAUAUUCAACUCAUCCGGCGCAAUUAAAGCAGCUCGGGAUGCCUCCCACGCCGAUAAACAGCAGCUCGUUGUCGCCUUCAUCAAACAAGACGCGAAUAAGGUGGACGCAAGAUCUGCAUGACCGGUUUGUGGAGUGUGUGAAUCGCCUUGGUGGCCCCGACAAAGCAACACCGAAACAAGUACUGAAGUUGAUGGACACUGAAGGGCUCACCAUUUUUCAUGUGAAGAGUCAUUUGCAGAAAUAUCGAAACGCCAAAUACUCACCGGAGUCUGUGGAAGCAAAUGGGAAAGCAGAGAAGAAGGCUAAUAGCAAUAACGCAGCAGAAAUAGAUAUCCAAACUGGGCUGCAGCUCAAGGAGGCACUGCAGAUGCAGCUGGACGUUCAGAGGCGUCUCCACGAGCAGCUAGAGAUACAGAGGAACUUGCAGCUGAGGAUUGAGGAACAGAACAAACAGCUGAAGAUGAUGUUCGAUCAGCAACAAAAGACGACGCAAAAUCUCACAGAAACAAAAUGUGUGAUGAAUCAGAAUAGCGCGGUAGAUUCAGAUCCAGAGAUCCUUAUCUUGGAUGGUUCUGAUGACGAUAUGGUCUUCCCAUCCAAGAUAAGCUAGCUGGCCGGGAACGAGGCGAAAAAACGAGCAUAAGUGUAAUGGAAAGAAAACAUAGUAGCCAAGCAAUUGAGUCUGAGUGACUCAAUUCAUGCAUGAUAUAUACUACACAGCUGCUGCAGCCUACAUUAUUUGACAUACCAGAGUUUUUGAAUUUCAACAUUUGAUAUGAAUCUUUUGCAAGAAUGUCCAAAUUAAACUACAUUAUUAAACUUGAACAGAGUUUAUUGUUUUUA